AUGACGUUCGACUCAUCAACCCCCGCAACUGCGAAUGCCAAUAUGACUCCUCCCAACAAAAGCCAUCUGUCCGAGUGGCCGGGACUCCCGGCAGUCAACGAUUCGCAGACAAUAUACGUCGAGUCUGAGAACGGAUGGCUUCAACAGCCCUGCCCUCCGGAGCUGGAGAUGCUCCCGCUUAAGCUUCCCACAGUCAUUGCGCAUAUUAUCCGGGACUCAACGGACAAAGAAGGUCAUAUUCCACACGAGGAAGUCCAAAGGGCUAGCGCAAUGGUAGCAAACAGUGCUGUGGAGGAACAAGAACCAGAAGCCCCUAUUGAGCAAGCCGUGGAGAACGAACUGGUCGACCAAACACCCAACGUAUGCGCAUCCUCUGAUGACUCCAAUCUAUCGAACCCCCCAGCACAUCACGAAAGAUCCCCUUCCAUCUCUCGUCGUGGAGUGAAGUUUAUGAAACGUCUCCUGAGGCGUAUGUCGUCGUCAUCAAAGGAGAACUGUGUGAGCUGCCUUGACAAAAUACCUACGAAGGACUUGAUAAACCUCCCUUGCCGACACAAAUAUUGCACACCAUGCUUCAACCGAAUGGUACUCAUAAGCAUUGCGGAUGAAGGAUUGUUUCCGCCCAAAUGUUGCUCCCAGGACGUACCAUCGAAGAAAGUUCUUUCAGUUUUGGCCCCAGAGACCAAAGCCAUUUACUCGUCAAAAUUGGAUGAGUAUGAGACGCCUGUUGCGGAUCGCUGGUACUGCCCCGAGGCCAAUUGUGGAAAAUGGAUACCACCAAAGGCCCUGGAGAGCGAGUCUCCGUCACAAGUAUGUCCGCACUGCAGUGCGAUUAUUUGUUCGAGUUGCCGCAACAUUGCCCAUUCCAACGAAGAAUGUUCUGAGGAUCCCGGGUUAGCGAUCUUUCUGGAAGAAGCACGGCUUCAAAAGUGGCAAAGAUGCUACAAUUGUGGUGCAAUGGUGGAGCUGACAUUUGGGUGCCAUCAAAUCACCUGUCGAUGCAAGGCACAAUUUUGUUAUAAAUGCGGCAGUCCAUGGGAGUCGUGCACUUGUGUCGUAUCAGGGGAAAGACAAAAUGAUUUCCUCCAGCUUGCGGUCGGCGGAGGUGGAAACCUGGAUAGAAACCAGGAAACCGAGCUUGCCGCAGUGGUCAUGGCAAUCGAGUACGCCGAAAGGGAAGAGAACGAGGAAAGACAAAGGCGCGAACAGCUCCAAGGCAAUGAACAACGCAGCCAGGAGCAAGAAGGCAUCGACCCUAGAGAAUCCCAUCGCAGACUCGAAAUCGACGAAAGAGCCAGGAUUCUGGGUGAAUUCCUCUCAGAAAUAAACAGACUCCAACAGGAACGUCUGAUCCAUCGGCAAAGAGAGGAAGUAUAUGUGUUUCUGUCACAACAAAAGGCAGAGGGAGAAAGAUUGGAUAGGGAACGACGACAAGUGAUGGAGAAACAUCAGUGGAGCAUCGAAACCCGGUUCCAACGAUUGGUCGCAGCACAAAAGGCCGAUAUCCAGAAUAUGGAAUUAGAGCAUAAAGAAGAGGAAGACUCGUUGAUUGUCAGGUUCCCCCGUCUUUACCGGGGUCUGCCAACCGCUGAAGCCGAAUAUCGAGAAUCGGCGGUGCUUGCCAAACUUCGAGGCAUGCAAAGGGAGGAGAAACUAAGACUCAUCGAGGACCACCAGCAAGCACUCGCAGACAAUAAGAAAGAGACGUCGAUUGAGCGAGGAGCAUUGGAGUCUGCACUGAAGAUGCAAUGGAGGACAGAACAAAAGCUGGUCAAGGCUGCCCUGCGAUCACUGGUGCAGACCUGCGUUUAUGAUCGCUUUUGGUUUGAUCAGGUUGUCGCUAAGCGAGAGGAUUUGCUCGAGAAAUAUCGACAGGAUCUUAUCAACAGUGGAAAUGGAUUGGAAGAUCUGAGCUUUGUCGAAACUCGAGGCGGCGAAUUCUAUCCAGUCAUGCAGGAAUGGAUAUGA